AUGCGCAGGGAUUACGUGCUCCAGCGCAGCAGCGGGAUCCACGAGAUCGGCGCCUUGCGGAUGGAGCUGCUCGUCUUCCUGACGGUCGUCUGGAUCGUAGUGCUCGCAGUCUCUAGCCAGAAACCGAACGUCGUCCACAGUGUCUGCAGUGGGCUGAUCUGGGUGGCGAUGUUGUGCUUCAUCCCCUUCAUGCUGGAAAGCGCCUACCACAGUUUCACGAUGAGUGGCCUCCUUAUGAGCUUCACGCCGAACCUGGCUGCGCUGGCCAGCAGCAAGGUGUGGCUAGACGCGGCCGAGCACUCGCUGUUCUCUCUGGGCACGUCGAGCGGCCUCGUGUUCUUUCUCGGUUCACGGUGCAAGUACGGCAGCUGUUUCGAGAGGUGCGCCGCCUGGACCAUUGUGGCGGAGGUGACCGCAUGCGACCUGAUCGCGCUGACCACCUGCCUCUGGAUCUACAAGCCCGGAAACACCGAGAACGAAAUCACGCCCGCCGUGCCUUUUAACUUCCGACAGCUGGUGACGACAGCGCAGCUCGUGGUGCCCUGCGUCUUCCCGACUAUGUGCAACGCGCUCGUGUUCACCUCCUUCACAGCGACCGGCCUCGCCGCUAACGUUUUGCUCGUGAAGACGUGCGUGAAUGAAAUCACUACGGUGCUCAACCACCCGACCAGCGGCACCAGCUCCUGGACGGUGGUGGUGGUGUGUAUCCUAGCCUACGUCUGCAGCAUACCAUUCUGCACAAAGAGCACGUCGCUAAAAACGUCUUCUGACGAUUUCUCCCGCGAGUACAUCUACUGA